AUGGCUCAAGGGUUCUUUAUUAGCAAAACGGUCGGGAUUGUCGGGAUCGUGUUGGGUGCUGGAGCUGUGGCCACCAUCAUCGCGCUCUCUGUCGUUUACUCUCAAGAAAAAUCCAAAAACAAUGUAGAGGUGAAACCCACUGAUGCAACAACAAUCCAGUCAACCACACCAGCAUCAACAAUCCAGUCAACCACACCAGCAUCCAAUGAACUAUGGGACAAAUAUCGUCUGCCUGAUACUCUUAUCCCAGAGUCUUACGAUGUCACAUUAUGGCCACGUCUCAAACCGAACCCUGAAGGCCUCUACAUCUUCACAGGAAACUCCAGCGUGGUGUUCCAGUGUGUGAAGGAGACGGAUCUGAUCCUGAUUCACGCCAACAAGCUGAACCUGACCGCUAAUGCCACACUGAGCGCGCUCAAUAGCUCUCUUGCACCGUCCAUCACAGACACACGAAACGUCAGCAAAACCCAGUAUUUCGUUUUUCACUUGAGUGAGAAAUUAAAAGCAGGAGAGUGGUACAAACUCCACACCGAAUUCGUUGGAGAACUCGCCGACGAUCUGGGAGGGUUCUACAGGAGCGUGUACGAUGUAAAUGGAGAGACGCGUGUGGUGGCCACGACACAGAUGCAGCCUACAGAUGCCCGAAAAGCGUUCCCUUGUUUUGAUGAACCUGCACUGAAAGCUUAUUUUAAUAUCACUCUGCUGCAUCCAUCAAAUACCACCGCACUUUCUAACGGCUGGAAAAUCGACUCAGUCACAUUCGAUGAAGGCGGCGAGUCGUUCAAUAAAACAUGGUUUGCACAGACUGAGAGAAUGUCGACGUACCUGCUGGCGUUUAUCGUCAGUGAUUUUAAAUCUGUUGAGGCACAGACAGAUAAUGUUUUGAUUCGUAUUUUCGCCCGUGAGGAGGCCAUCAAUGCAGGUCACGGAGAUUAUGCACUGAACAUCACGGGAAAGAUCCUGAAGUUCUUUGAAGGAUAUUAUAACAUCCCGUACCCGCUUCCCAAAUCAGAUCAGGUGGCUCUGCCGGACUUUAACGCUGGUGCGAUGGAGAACUGGGGAUUGAUCACGUACAGAGAAACGGCUCUGCUCUACGACAAGGAAUUCUCCUCUAACGGGAAUAAAGAGCGAGUUGCCACCAUCAUCUCUCAUGAACUUGCUCACAUGUGGUUUGGGAACCUCGUCACUAUCAAAUGGUGGAAUGAUUUGUGGCUGAAUGAAGGUUUCGCCUCCUACGUUGAAUACCUUGGAGCUGACAACGCUGAACCUGAAUGGAAUGUUAAAGACCUGAUCGUACUGCACGAUGUCCACAGAGUUUUUGCUGUGGAUGCUCUGGCCUCAUCCCACCCGCUGUCCUCUAAAGAAGAUGAAGUUCUGAGACCAGAGCAGAUCAGCGAGGUGUUCGACGCCAUCUCCUACAGCAAGGGGGCGUCGGUCUUGAGGAUGCUCUCGGAUUUCCUGACUGAAACAGUGUUUGUGAACGGCCUCACUACCUACCUCAAGCACUUUGAGUUCCAAAACACAGUGUACACAGAUCUUUGGGAUCAUCUCCAAAAGGCUGUAGACGCCACGUCAGUGAAGCUCCCAGGGACCAUUAGUCGCAUCAUGGACACCUGGGUUCUUCAGAUGGGUUUCCCAGUGGUGACGAUUAACACGAUGACGGGAACACUAACUCAGGAUCACUUCCUCCUGGAUCCUGAUGCUGUCGUGGAUCGACCAUCUCCAUUCAACUAUGAGUGGAUUGUGCCGAUUCAGUGGAUGAAAAAUGGAGAACAGCAGGCGAUGUAUUGGCUGGAGACCAAAAACAACAGAACAGAUCUGAUGAAAGUGGAGGCACCUGGUUGGCUGUUGGCCAACCUCAACGUGUCGGGAUACUACAGAGUGAACUACGACAUGGGGAACUGGGAACGCCUCCUGCACGUCCUCCAGACAACUCAUGAGGACAUUUACACGAUUAACCGAGCCCAGCUUAUAGACGAUGCGUUUAAUCUUGCAAGGGCAAACAUUAUUCCAACUACGCUGGCUCUGAAUACGACACUGUAUUUAUCGAAUGAGACAGAGUACAUGCCAUGGGAAUCAGCGCUGGACAAUCUGGAUUAUUUCUACCUCAUGUUCGAUCGUACGGACCUUUAUGGCCUCCUGCAGACUUACACGAGGAAUCAAGUGACGCAUCUUUUCCAGCACUAUAAAAUCUUGACAGAGAAUUUUACAAAGGUCCCCGAGGGCCACAUGGAUCAGUAUAAUGAGGUGAACGCUCUAAGCAUGGCCUGCAGCUCUGGAUUGAAGGAAUGUAACAAUCUCGUUACGAAAUGGUUUGCUGACUGGAUGAAUAACUCAAGUUUUAAUCCGAUUCACCCGAACCUGAGGUCGACUGUAUACUGCCGUGCCAUCGCUGCAGGGGGCGCCACAGAGUGGGACUUCGCCUGGUCCAUGUUUAAGAAUUCCACCGUUGCCAGUGAGGCUGAAAAACUGAGAGCUGCCAUGGCGUGCAGUACCUUACCCUGGAUCCUCAACCGGUAUCUGACAUACACACUGAUGCCAUCGAUGAUCCGCAAACAGGACGCGACGUCUACAAUCGUCUAUGUGGCCAGUAACGUGGUGGGACAGCCGCUAGCCUGGGACUUCAUCCGCGCGAACUGGGAGUACAUCUACAAAGAGUACGGCGGGGGAUCGUUCUCCUUCUCUAACCUAAUCAACGGUGUCACUGAACGCUUCUCUACUGAGUUUGAACUCCAACAGUUGGAGCAGUUCAGAAAAGAUAAUGAACACAUUGGAUUCGGUUCUGGUUCCAUGGCCAUCGAGCAGUCCAUCGAGAGGACGAAGGGCAACAUCAAGUGGCUCCAAAAGAACAAGGAAGACACGAGGAAUUGGCUGACUUCAGCGAUUAAAAUAUAA